AUGUUGGCUGGUCAGAGAAGAAAGCCGCAAUGUCGGGAAUUCAUCGGCCCGACUCCUCAUGCUGGCGCUGUGAGAGCAAGGUCCUCCUCUUCAAAGCCUCCAGAGCAUCUUAUUUUGGAAAGAAGAAAAAAGGAGGCUGCCCGAGACAAAAUCGUGGAGUUCACCAAGUACCAGCAAACCUGUGACCUGAAAACCACGUGGCAGAAGAGGGCUGAACGUCACGCUCUGCUUGGGACGAUUGAGAGACAAGUCAAAGAUGCCAUGAGCCAAUAUGAAAUGAGCACUGACGAGAGGAGGGACAGGCUGCGUCACAUGUUGGAAGCAGAGGAGCAGCAACUCAUGCAGGAGAUGGAGGACAAGAAAGAGACUGUGUUGGAAAAACAAGCUAAAAUGAGAGAAAGAGCCAAGUCACUAAAGGAAAGAAGGGAAAGUGAAAGGCAGCAACUGGCUGCGGACAAGAUGGACCAGCUAUUCAGACAACAGAGUGAGGAGCUUCGGGCCAAUGAGUUGAAACGCAGAGAGGAGGAGGUUUGCGUGGAACGUGCUGCACAGUUGCUGAGCAGGCAGCAGCUGCGUCAGCAGCAGCAGGAAGAGGAGAGGCUGUUUGCUCAACUGUGGGACGCUGAUCGGCAAGCCAAGGAGGAGCGAGAGAGCCAGGACAUGCAGAGGCAACAGCAGAACAACAUGGAACAACUGGGCUACCUGAGGGCUCAGAUGGAGGCGGCUGAACAGCAGAGACAACAGGCCAAGCAGCUGAAAGAGGAGGAGGCCCAACUUCUGCGGGAGCAGAGAGAGAUGCUGCAGCUAAAAGAAGAGCGAGAGCAGCACCAGAAGCUGCAGAACCAGGAGACACGGCGCAGACAGCUGGGUCAGUGUCUGCGGAUGAAAAUGAAACGUUUGGCCAAGGAGCAGCAGGAUGAGCUGGCACUGGAUAUGAGCAUCCUGCAGCAAGUUCUGAAAGAGGAGAAGGAUGAAAAACAGGAUGCUGCUCAGAGGAAGAUGAAGUUACGUGAUGAGCAGCAGAGGUACCGGCAAUACUUGGCUGACGAGCUGGAAAAGCAGAAGAGACAGGAGAAAGAGACAGAACAGCUAAUAGAGGCAGACCUGAAAGAAACCUGGGCAAAAAGGGAGAAGAGGAGUCAGAUGCAGAGGGAGGCCAGGAAUCGUCUGAUGAAGGACGUGAUGGAAACCCGUAACCUGCAGAUCCAACAGAAAUUGGAUAUGAACAUGCAGAAACAAAUUCAGCUGGCCAAGGAGAGAGAUGAACUGGCCAAAACCAUUGAGGAAACUAAACUACUGGAUGAGGAGCAGAAAAGACGUCACAGAGAGACAAGCAGAGCAUACCAAGCAGAUCUGCUGGCCCAGAUGAUGCACCAGCAGCAGCUACAGGCUGAGGAGAGAGCUCAGGAAGAGAGAGAGUACCAGCAUGGCCUGGCCAUGCAGGAGGAGUACAGUAAGAAGAUGCAGGAAAUCCUCUCCAGGCCAGAUUCCCACACCACGUCUGUCCACCCCUUUAGAAGAACAUAGGGCUGCAGUUCCAGCACUAGAUCUUAUCAAGAAAAUCACCUGUAUG